AUGGCAAUAACGGAUAUAAGCAUAACGUACGAACGAGACAAAAUUGUAGAUUUUGCUUUCCCCUUCAUGAUGGACACAACGAGCAUUAUAGUCAGAGAGUCUGCAGAUGACACAAGGAAGAUCUGGACGUUCACUUGGCCCUUUAAGUGGGAGGUGUAUGUGUGCUUAACACUGGCCUUCAUCGUCGUGUUUCUUAUGGUCAGUGCUGUGGAAUUGUCGGAUUGUAAAAAUGCAGUGGCAUCAACAAGGACGCUAAAGAGAGCUGAUAUUUUCUGGUACAUGUUUGGAGUACCUUUUCGUCAAGGCAAUGAACAGAUGUUUCGGCAUGCCCGCAGUCGUGUUCUGUUUGUCUGCUGGUGGGCACUAACGUGCCUCAUGACUGCUAGUUUCUGUUGUAACCUCAUCGCCUUCCUCACCGUCAACACACAAUCGCCACCAUUUGAGACGGCAAUGGAGAUGGCAACCCAGACUAAUUUCAAAUGGGGCUGUGUCAGCGGGGGCAGCUUUCUGACUCAGUUUAAGAUGUCCAACGUGACCAUGCACAAGCUCCUUCUUGAAGGUAUACAGAAAUUCAGCCAAUCGGAUCCAGAUAUUCUAAGUCCCUAUCAAGACGUGCAUCUGAAGAAACUAUUAACAGAGGACUAUGCCUUUAUAGCAGGUCGUCCGCUCUCCAACUACUGGAGGAGUCGUAACUGCCAGCUGCGCAUACUCAAAGAUGAUUUCUUCCCUGUCAGAUAUAGCUUUGCUUUUCCAAAUGGAUCUCCAUACAAGAAGAUUGUCUCGGACAUAAUUCUGCGGUUGCUCGACACGGGUGUCAUUGAACGUCUGACACAAGCAUGGUGGCCAGAGAACAAGUGCUCACAGCCGGCGAAGACAAAAGGCCAAGCUGUCACCCUUGUUGAUGUACAGUCUUCAUUUUACUCUCUUCUUGUUGGUGUGGUUGUAGCUGGAGCUGUUUUGCUGAUGGAACGUGUACACAGACGAUGACGCGUUAUUCAGUUAACCUUACCCUGUGACACCAACGCUCUACGCGACUUCAAACAUAUGCAUGAGUGGACGCGGA